AUCCCAUUUCAUACUUCAAUCCUAGUCUUCAAUUGGGUUGCUCUCUAUUCAUUCCAUUUUCAGAGGCCUUCAAGAACAGUGCUAGAACCUCCAUGGCUGCAAAGCCCUUCAACAUUAUCUUCCUCCUCCUCCCUUUACUCUCUUUGGUGGUGGUGGGGCAUGAAACUGUGAAAUCGGAACAGUACCCAUUGGUUGUGAGCACGUGGCCCUUUAUCGAGGCUGUUAGGGCUGCAUGGAGGGCUGUUGAUGCUGGCUCUUCAGCUGUGGAUUCUGUGGUUGAAGGAUGCUCAGCUUGUGAGGAACUCAGAUGUGAUGGGACAGUUGGUCCGGGUGGAAGUCCAGAUGAGAAUGGAGAAACUACAAUUGAUGCUCUGAUAAUGGAUGGGGUGACAAUGGAAGUAGGAGCUGUUGCAGCCAUGAGAUAUGUAAAGGAUGGAAUUAAAGCUGCCAGGUUAGUGAUGCAACAUACUGAACACACUUUGCUGGUAGGAGAGAAAGCAUCAGAAUUUGCUAUUUCAAUGGGUCUUCCAGGUCCCACGAACUUGAGUUCACCAGAAUCUAUGGAGAAGUGGGCCAAAUGGAAAGAUAGUCGCUGCCAACCAAAUUUCAGGAAAAAUGUAUCACCUGCAAAUAGUUGUGGUCCUUAUCGUCCAACAAAUUAUCUGGGGCAUCCUGAUGAAACAUGCUCCAGUACUGUUCAGAUGCUAACUAGUAAUUCCAAUUUACUUCGUGUCGGUCUUCAUAGCCAUGAUACUAUAUCAAUGGCUGUUAUUGAUAGAAUGGGACACAUUGCUGUUGGCACAUCAACUAAUGGAGCAACAUUCAAGAUUCCUGGCAGAGUAGGAGAUGGUCCCAUUGCUGGAUCCUCAGCAUAUGCCAUUGAUGAAGUUGGUGCAUGUUGUGCAACUGGGGAUGGUGACAUCAUGAUGCGCUUCCUUCCAUGCUAUCAAGUUGUGGAGAGUAUGAGGUUGGGAAUGGAACCCAAACUUGCUGCUAAAGAUGCAAUAACACGAAUAGCAAGAAAAUUUCCAGAUUUUUUGGGAGCCAUUGUUGCCCUCAAUAAAAAGGGGGAACAUGCUGGUGCCUGCCAUGGUUGGACAUUUAAAUACUCAGUCAAGAGCCCUGCAAUGAAAGAUGUGGAAGUUUUUACUGUGCUACCUUGAGAGAGAGACUGUUCAAGAAAUGAGUAUGUUCCAAGUUCCAACAAUUAAUUCAAAUCAGCAUGCUAAUUUUGUUGGUCAGGGAAAGUUAGUGGCUCAUAAAUGUGCUUAUAUUGUAAUAUUAUUCUUGCAUCUGAUAUUAACCGAGCAAUUAACAUUGAUUGUGCAAGAUUGUUUGCAAUAUCAACUAUGCUUGCAUGAAGAUUUCAGACUACGAGAUUUGAAUGUUGUCUGCCUAAGAAGUAAGAAUUAAUAACAAGUCUUACAACACCUUACUGUUAUUUUUGUGAUUGUUAUAAUGCACAAGGUUAGAGAGUGCUUGAAUUGAAUGUGGAUGGACAGUUCUCCGCCACAUUGGAAUU